UUUAUAAUUCUGUUGAGUUAGUGAGUUUGGCAGGUCGGGUGAAGACUGUAGGGCGAUUUCUCAUCAUUUCUAAACCUCUAAUUAAUUAUAUUAGCGACGAUGUGAAGUCAUGAAGAGUUGUAAAGAUGCUAAAGAGUACAUUGCCAACCAGUUAGAAUUUAUGUUUAUUUAGCACCAAUUAAUCAACAGCCGAAACUCAACCAAAAAGUCGAACUGUCAAGUGUCAUCUUCUAUCAGCAAGUUAAAGGCAAAGGGGAAGUGGAGGACUGGCCGGCCAACUAGCCGUAAACACUUUGCACUGCUAUCUUCUCAAUGUCAUUGUCAGUAGCACCAUGGAGGUAGAAACUGUCACUACAGUAUGUUGUAGUCGGUACCUUAACAAGAGCCACUGAUUUACCAAAAGCAAAAGCCUUCCUCCUGCAAUCUUCCAGAACGUCUCCACACUGAGUGGCAACCAUAUAAUCACGAAGAUCAGAAGAUGGGAAUCAACUUUCCAAGUUUUAGCAGCGUAAUCAGCUUGGAUUCGCCGCCUUUAGAGAACUGGAUUGAGAUGUGGUACCAGAUCUUCCUGUGGUAUUUAUUCUCCUCAUUCUUGAUUCAUUGUGGAGCUGCCAUCAUCGCCUUCAUGGCGCUCCGUAAACACAAGAUUGGACGACUCUACUCACUGUUGAUUCUGGUUAUGGGCUUUGUUGGACCAAUCACUGGAGGAAUUGUCACAAGUGCAAUAAUAGCUGGAUUAUUUAAGACUUCAGAGUUCACAAUGUUUCCUUUUUAUGCCAUGGUGUGCGGCAUUGGACAGACGCUCAUAGUGUUGUUUAUUUCAUUCUCUCGGAUACUGGCCACACUUUGACAUCGAUGUCUUCAUUAAAGGAUUUAACUGACCAGUGUAUAAAAUGGACAGCACUCUGACAUCAUCAUUCAUCAUUUAGCGGUAGCAACCGAGAUGCUAUUCACAACGCCAUGCCAGGAGUCUUUAUCCCUCAUCAUGUUCGAAAGGUCCUCCAUUUCAGACUCUGUGUCUCUUCCAAUCAAGGCGAUGUAGUAAACUCUGACAUCACUGUCUUCAAUAAAAGGAACUGAGAAAUGUCAUCAUCAGUCAGCUCCCAUCUUAGCUUGGACUUGAUUAAGAUUUGAACAGAAAAAAAUCAUUAUUUAUUAGUGACCGUAGUGCAGAUAUUGGAGAAGAAUAUUGGAGUGUUUGUAAUCAUGUAUUAUUGACUUUUUUGUACUUCAUGUAAUAGUUGUAUAACAACUUUGCUUCACUACACGUGAACUGUGAUAUAUAUAACUUUAUAGUGACUGGAAUAAAUAUUGAAUAUUGUGAUUAUUUAA